AUGGCGGAAGAGAAGGCUAUCGAAAUUGCCAUUAUUGGCGGUGGCAUUGCCGGCUUGACCCUUGCCUUGGGCUUGCUCAGUCGCAACAUCAAUGUCAGAGUCUACGAGAGAGGACGUAGCUUCCGCGAGAUCGGCGCAGGCAUCGGCUUUACACCCAACGCUGAAUGGGCCAUGCGUGUAUUAGACCCACGCAUUCACGCCGCAUUCAAGAGAGUUGCGGCCCAAAACGCCACGGACUGGUUCCAGUGGGUCGACGGAUACAGUCAAAACGGUGCUGACCCAAGUGAUGUUCAUGAGGACCUUAUCUAUAAGAUGUAUCUUGGAAAGAGGGGUUUUGAGGGAUGCCACCGUGCCGACUUCCUUGACGAGUUGGUCAAAAUGAUGCCGGAAGGAAGGGUGGAGUUCGACAAGAAUCUCGCCUCUAUCGACGACAGGUGUGACGGCGAAAAGCUUCUGUUAACAUUUCGCGAUGGGAGCUCAGAGGAGGCGGACGCAGUUAUUGGCUGCGACGGCAUCAGAUCGCGGGUGCGCCAGCUGAUCCUAGGUGAGGAUCACCCAGCAUCACAUCCGGGAUACACCCAUAAAUAUGCCUUUCGCGGCCUAAUUCCCAUGGAAAAGGCUAAGGCGGCUCUGGGCGAUGAUAAGACGUCAACGCGACACAUGCACCUUGGCAUGAAUGCCCAUGCCCUGACCUUUCCUGUUGCCGGUGGCGCGCUUCUAAACGUGGUCGCAUUCGUUACCGAUCCCAAAGACUGGCCUUACAAGGACAAGUUAACAGCGCCGGCUGACAAGACCGAGGCCGUGGAAGCCUUUUCUAGCUUCAAUCCCGCCGUGCGGGCCAUCAUGGACAUGCUCCCCAGUAAACUUGACAAAUGGGCCGUCUUUGAUACUUAUGAUCAUCCCGUACCGACAUAUGUGAGCGGUCGUGUUUGUAUCUCAGGUGACGCUGCCCAUGCUUCAGCACCGUACCACGGCGCAGGUGCUGGCUUUUGCAUCGAAGACGCUGUGGUUCUGACGAUGUUGAUAGCUAGCGCCGCGAAAAUGAUGGCGCAUAACUCCAGCAAGUGCAAGCCGGAGCUAAUUUGUGCCGCUCUCGAUACCUACAACGCCAUCCGCCUCGAGCGCACACGAUGGCUUGUGGAGAGCAGUCGAUUCGUGGGCGAAAUGUACGAGUGGCAGGAUCCGAAGAUUGGGCGUGAUGCUGAGAAAUGCGGCCAUGAGAUUGAUUGGCGCUCUCACAAGAUUUGGGAUUAUGAUAUCGAUGCCAUGGUCAGGGAUGCUAACGGGGAGUACAAGCGGAAGCUGAAAGGGUGA